AUGGCCGACUCUCUAAAGGAUACGCCGUUUAAGACGGUUCAGGUUGAGGCUCUGGUCGUUAUGAAAAUAGUUAAGCACUGCUCAAACAGCUUCCCUUCGACUGCUACGGGUUCCAUCGUUGGUAUGGACAAAGAUGGUAUCCUCGGAAUCACAAACACUUUCCCCUUCCCUACGGUCGACGUAACGAACGUCGAGGGCGGCCACCAGAACGACGCGUCUGCACUUGCCGCUGCCGCACCGCGCGCCAAAGCAAAUAUCAUCUACCAGAACGACAUGAUCCGACAUCUCAAAGAGGUCAACGUCGACGCCAACAACGUGGGCUGGUAUACGAGCGCUACGAUGGGUAACUUCGUCAACUCUAGCUUUAUCGAGAACCAGUACCAUUAUCAGCGAGAGAACGAACGGACCGUAGCCCUAGUUCACGAUGUCAGCCGCAGUUCGCAGGGUGCGCUAAGCCUUCGCGCAUUCAAACUGACGCAGAACUUCAUGACGGCAUUCAAGGAGGGGAAAUUCACAACUGACAGUUUACAAAAGUCGAAACUCUCAUUCAAGGAUAUCCUCGUCGAAUUCCCUAUCCACGUCCACAACUCGCAUCUCCUAACUUCCUACCUCCACCAGCUACCCUCUGCCGCUUUGGAGACGGACGUGACGAUGCCAACAUCUCUUUCCGAUCUGCAAGGCGAACCUAUCAAGAUGCCGCUUCAUCCGUCGGUCGACAUUCUCGACCUCUCGAUAGAUCCUUUCCUAGAGAAGACGUGUGAUCUUCUACUCGAUAGUAUCGAGUCUCAUUACACCGAGCUAAACAACCACCAGUACUACCAGAGGCAGCUUGCCCGCGAGCAGACUAAGAUUACGGCGUGGCAGACGAAGCGAAAGGCGGAGAACGCGGGGCGUGUUGCGGCUAAGCAACAGCCUCUUCCGGAAGAUGAAUGGCAACGAAUCUUCAAGCUUCCUCAGGAACCUAGCCGAUUGGAAGGCAUGCUGAAUGCGAAACAGGUCGAGCAGUACAGCAAGCAAAUAGACGGGUUCACAGCCAAUGUCAGCGCGAAGAUGUUCGCCGUUAGGGGUAAUCUUCUUCCCGAAUAA